AAACAACCGGCGUCAUGUUCGUGACCAUGAACUCUGUCCUCGCGGCGACGGUGAUGUUGCUGGGUUUCAGCCACGCCGCUCCGCCGCACACUCCAGCUCCCGGCAAGCCGCCUUUUCCAACCGUGGUCCCCGGCUUUCCCGGCCCUACCAAGACACGCCCUAGCUUCACCAAAUGCCCUCCCCCGAUCGUGCCCCCACAGCCGGACAUUGGCCUGCCUGCAAGCUGCUUCACCACCUGGGAUGACUUUGAGCACUCGACCGCGGGGGUCGACGGCCCGUUGUGCUUCACGUGGACUACCACGGCUCCGGCAGUGACAUGCCCUCAAAUCCACUGCGCCUCGCCUCCCCCAGACCUGGCCUGCCCGCUGUACCUCAGGGUCAGCAGCACCACGGUCCCCUGCGCGACCGACUGCUGCCCCUUCACCCCGACCGCCACGUACUCGUGCGGGCCCUGCCCGACCUGCAACCCGUGCCGCGUGCCCACCAUACUGAGCGUCUUCACCACAGGAUGCCCGGGCACGCCGACCGUCACUUCCGUCACGACCAUUACGCCUCCCUUUUGGUGA